ACUUAUUCGUUAUACAGCUGUUUGGUUCGCUUCAGAAUAUAUACUUCAGAAAGUGUUUCUUUAUAAGAUAAAUUUCGAAUUGAAAUAUGUUUAUUAUAAUUUUUGCUUUUGCGCUUAUAGCAACAAAUUAUGUUACAGCAGAAAUACCCUCCUUUAUUAAUAUAUGUGGACGCAAAAAUCCGAAUCUUAAUAAAUGCAUUUUGGACAACAUCGAUAAUAUAAAAGACAAGAUCUGCGAAGGAAUCCCGGAAUUAGACGUUGAGCCGAAUGAUCCAUUCGUUAUUGAAAAAUUAAUCAUUUCUGAUACAUCUAAUUCUAAAAUAUCUCUUACAAAUGUACAAGUGACGGGACUUUGUGAUUUUAAGGUAAAAUACCUUCAAUCAGAUCUCGAGAAACUUCACUUCGAUUUUGAGCUUGUAUUUAGACGGAUUCAAUUGAAUGCCACAUAUGAUUUCGACAUACGUUUACUGGUGCCUAUUGUUCACAAGGGACCGGUUUACAUCACUACAAAUGAUGUUGAAGCAAAGGUAAACAUAGACAUGAAUGUAGUAACUAGAAACGGCAAAAAAUACGUGUACUUAGCAAAGAUGAAGAUAAAUCUUGACCUCAAAGGAUACAUCGCUGAAUAUGGCUUGGAUAACACAGAACUAAGCCGAUUAAAUGAAGUCAUUAGCAAUUUUAUAGGCAACAAUCAACAGGAGGUUAUUAGUGUUUUCAAGCCGGCAAUAGAAGAAACAAUUGUUAAACGAAUUAUCUUGCUUUCCAAUAAUAUAGUUAAACACUUUACGUUGGACGAGCUUUUCCCUGAUCGAGAAUAAAUCACGUAAUAAGUUUUCGAGUUCCAUUGUCAUUUCGCCGAUUUCAUGAUUUACUUAAUCCUUUCGUACUUUCGGGUUUUUUAAAAGAGAUUUCAUAUAAAGACGGUUCAUAUGAAGACGGUUUUAUAAGUUUUUUUGGGGGUGCUGAUUCCAAAUUUACUAUUAAAAUUUAAAUUCAAAAUGACGAAUUUAAGACGGUUGUUAUGAAAAGUUGAAAUAUUCAAAAUAUGAAUUUCGGAUUUUAUUUUUUUAAAUACA